AUGUCUUCUGGAACACCUUCACCGCCAAGUUUACAAUCAGAUUACGAAGACACCAGAGAUACGAAUUCUUCAGAACUUUCUACCUCAGGUAUAAUAGCUUACAAUAUAAACCAGCUUACGGACCGUUCACAAAGAAGUAUCAAUAAAUUAAGCAUGCAAUUAACAUCUCAUGGCGUGGAAGAUAUACUUUCCGAUGGAGUAAAUUACAGUCCCGCAGAAAACACAUUCCCUGAAUGUAAAACUGAAGUUUUGUCGGCAAUACCUCACUCUUUUGUACAAGAUUACAACUCUAGAGACUCUACAGGUUUCAGCAUUCAGGACAUCCUGGGAUUACCACAGUCAUACAAUCCUUCAAAUAAUCACGACGACCUGGAACCUAGAUAUGAUUAUCAAAUACCAAACUACGAGACGAUUAGUAACAGUCCCAACAAUAAUUAUGGCUCUGGAACUGAAGAAGUAAUUUCAGAAGACUGCAUGGAAAAAAGCAACAACCUGUUCACAAGUGCGCAAGUUAACAAUCAAGUAUUGUACAAUCAAAGUUAUACCAUUAGUGAACCUGUACAAUGCCAUCAAAGAAGUUUGAGCGCUGAAGUUCUAAAAGAAACAGCACGAGAUGACAACGACAUGCGUGAAUCGAGUUUCCCAAGUCAAAAUCCCUUAUGGAGUAACAAACUCUCACUCUCAAGCAAUCCUGUUAUCAGAACGAUCUCUACUUUACCUGGAAACGAUAUGUCUUCAGACUCACCGGCUUAUCAAAAAGGCUUCACAAAACGAGCUCGCACAGCCUAUACCAGCUCCCAACUAGUCGAAUUAGAAAAUGAAUUUCACCAAAAUCGUUAUCUUUGCCGCCCGAGGCGUAUUGAACUAGCUAACUACUUACAGCUCUCCGAACGCCAAAUUAAAAUUUGGUUUCAAAACAGAAGAAUGAAAUAUAAGAAGGACAACAAACACAGCAAGCCCUCGUCCUCCAUUGAAGAUGGAAGCCCGGCCAAUACGAAAGAAUUAUCACCAGGUCAAGACCACAAAUUGAGCCACAGUAGAAGCUGUGGAGGUCACGAUCGCCAUAGACGUCUCCUAACUGACAGUCACGCUUCUCACAAGGUUUAUUUAUCUUCAAGUGAUGUUUUAUCAAGACCUCCGGAUUACUCAUCAAUAAGUCCUCUGAAAUCUGUGAUAAAAGGGCCGCAAAACACGCUUGAGUUGCCGUCAUACACGCCAAACUUGACUUAUUCAUCAUAUUAUAACGCUAGUUCAAACAGGGUAACUUACUCACCAAUGUCGGAGGUUUAUCGCUUUAACAAUGAUGAGUCAUUGCAGUCGAAUUCUAAUACUUUGUCCACGUUACAGUCAGAUAACUACGUACCUAACGGAGCCAACUUGAAGCUUUCUGAUGAUUUGCCAAGGUAUACUUCGGCAUCGUCUUAUUACAAUCCGCUUCCUUCUGGGGUAGUUAUGCACCCACCAACAACUGAAGCUUACGGGUUCAGUACCGCUAUUCCGUCCAUAUCUGUACCAACUUACGAAGACGGCAGUCUUCAUACUAGAGUCACUACUAUACCGCUGACUCAAGAUCCUUCUUAUUUUGGCUAUUUGACUACACCUUCUGAACCUGUUAAUCAGCAUACUUCUACUUCUACAAGUAAAUAUUCUUCUUACAUUGCUCUUUAG